AUGCAGGGCGUGGGAGUGGCGUGGCAGAGCGUGGGGGUGACGUGGCAGAGCGUGGGGGUGACGUGGCAGAGCGUGGGAGUGACGUGGCAGAGCGUGGGAGUGACGUGGCAGAGCGUGGGAGUGACAUGGCAGAGCGUGGGAGUGGCAUGGCAGCAAGAGCGUGGGAGUGACGUGGCAGCGCGUGGGAGUGAUGUGGCAGAGCGUGGGGUGACGUGGCAGAGAGUGGGAGUGACCGUGGCAGAGACUGGGAGUGACGUGGCAGAAAGUGGGGGUGCCGUGGCAGAGCGUGGGAGUGACGUGGCAGAGCGUGGGAGUGACGUGGCAGAGCGUGGGAGUGACGUGGCAGAGCGUGGGAGUGACGUGGCAGAGCGUGGGAGUGACGUGGCAGAGCGUGGGGGUGCUGUGGCAGAGCGUGGGAGUGACGUGGCAGAGCGUGCGAGUGACGUGGCAGAGCGUGGGAGUGACGUGGCAGAGCGUGGGGGUGCCGUGGCAGAGCGUGGGAGUGACGUGGCAGAGCGUGGGAGUGACGUGGCAGAGCGUGGGAGUGACGUGGCAGAGCGUGGGGGUGCCAUGGCAGAGCGUGGGAGUGACGUGGCAGAGCGUGGGAGUGACGUGGCAGAGCGUGGGGGUGCUGUGGCAGAGCGUGGGAGUGACGUGGCAGAGCGUGGGAGUGACGUGGCAGAGCGUGGGAGUGACGUGGCAGAGCGUGGGAGUGACGUGGCAGAGCGUGGGAGUGACGUGGCAGAGCGUGGGAGUGAUGUGGCAGAGCGUGGGAGUGACAUGGCAGAGCGUGGGGGUGCCGUGGCAGAGGGUGAGAGUGACGUGGCAGAGCGUGGGAGUGACGUGGCAGAGCGUGGGAGUGACGUGGCAGAGCGUGGGGGUGCCGUGGCAGAACGUGGGAGUGACGUGGCAGAGCGUGGGAGUGACGUGGCAGAGCGUGGGUGCGCCGUGGAAGAGCGUGGGAGUGACGUGGCAGAGCGUGGGAGUGAUGUGGCAGAGCGUGGGAGUGAUGUGGCAGAGCGUGGGAGUGACGUGGCAGAGCGUGGGGGUGACGUGGCAGAGCGUGGGAUGGACGGCACCUGCCGGAGGGUGAGGCGCGGAGGCCCCUCAUGGGCGACUUGUCGGGCUGCUGCAGCUGGCGGAAGGGGCGAGACUCGCCGCUGCGGAUGCACGUCACCACCACCCUGUUCUCGUACCCCCCCGCCUUCGCCUGAAGGCCAUGUGCGACGGGGGCGGUGA